AUGCUGAGAGAAAAUCACACAGUGGUAAGUGAGUUUGUCUUCCAGGGUUUCUCCAGCUUUCAUGACCACAAGCUUACCCUCUUUAUGGUAUUUCUAACCUUGUACCUGUUCACUCUGACUGGCAAUGUCACCAUUGUGACAAUUAUCAGCAUUGACCGCCAUCUCCACACUCCCAUGUACUUCUUUCUUAGCAUGCUUUCUGUGUCAGAGACCAUGUACACAUUGGUCAUUGUACCACGGAUGCUCUCCAGUCUUGUAGAGUCAAGUCAACCCAUUUCUUUGGCUGGCUGUGCUGCUCAGAUGUUCUUUUUUAUCACUUUGGCCAUCAACAACUGCUUUCUGCUCACGGCCAUGGGGUAUGACCGCUAUGUAGCCAUCUGCAACCCCUUGAGGUACUCCAUCAUCAUGAACAAGACAGUAUGUGCCCAGCUGGUGUGGGGAGCCUUCAGCACUGGGCUGCUUGUGGCCAUAAUCCAGAUUGCAUCUGUGUUCAGGCUGCCCUUUUGUAACAGGGAAGUGGCCCAUUAUUUCUGUGACAUCCGCCCAGUUAUGAAACUCUCCUGUGUUGAUACCACUCUACAUGAUAUAAUUAACUUUAUCAUCAGCUCACUCGUUAUUGUGGUGCCCAUGGGUUUGGUGUUCAUCUCUUACAUCCUCAUCAUCUCUACCAUCCUCAAGAUUGCCUCUGCCGAGGGCAGGAAGAAAGCUUUUGCAACCUGUGCCUCCCACCUCACUGUGGUCAUCAUCCACUAUGGUUGUGCCUCCAUUGCUUACCUCAAGCCCAAGUCAGAGAAUACCAGGGAUCAGGACCAGCUGAUCUCUGUCACUUAUACUGUUUUUACUCCACUCCUUAACCCCGUGGUAUAUACUUUGAGGAACAAGGAGGUCAAAGAUGCCCUUUACCGUGCUAUUAGCAAAAACCCUCUGGCCUAG